AACAUCUCCGGAGCUGACCAAUCUACCCUUGUGGUGAUUCCUGAUUCUGUGUGUCCAAAGCUCCCCUGUUUGGUUGGACAAAGAUUUUUUGCAACUAAUCUCUCCCUGCUUAUCUCCAGUGACAUUGUCUUCUAUCUGAUCCAAAUUUUCUCGCCUUUUUUUCCAGUGAAACAAACACAAGCCUACCCGGAAUCUUUCUGAAACCAGUCAUGACCCAAGUUGAUGUUCAGUCAAAUAACUCCAGAGAACCCACUACCCAAAACCCCAUAGAAUUAUCUGAAGAGCUUCCGGUCACCACCAAGCUCAAGAUGUCCAAGAAGUUAACCCUCGUCCCCCUCAUCUUCCUCAUCUAUUUUGAAGUCGCCGGUGGACCCUUUGGGGAAGAGCCGGCUGUCAAGGCGGCAGGACCCCUAUUAGCACUUAUCGGAUUCUUGGUAUUCCCCUUCAUCUGGAGUAUCCCGGAAGCUCUGGUCACCGCGGAGCUCUCCACUGCUUUUCCUGGGAAUGGAGGGUUUGUUGUGUGGGCUGAUCGAGCAUUUGGCCCCUUUUUGGGGUCCAUGAUGGGUUCGUGGAAAUUCCUCAGUGGUGUCAUCAAUAUUGCGGCUUUCCCAGUUCUUUGCAUAGAUUAUCUGCAAAAGAUCAUCCCUGCUCUGGCUUCAGGUUGGCCUCGAUACAUCUCCAUCUCCAUUUCCACUUUACUGCUAUCCUUUGUCAACUUUACCGGAAUAACCAUAGUUGGCUGGGCUGCUGUUCUGCUCGGUGUAGUCUCACUUUCACCUUUUAUAGUAAUGUCUGCAAUUGCAAUCCCCAAGAUCCAUCCACAUAGGUGGCUCAGUUUGGGGGAGAAAAAGAAAGAUUGGAAUCUGUAUUUCAAUACCCUUUUCUGGAAUUUAAACUUUUGGGAUAAUGUUAGUACUUUAGCUGGAGAAGUAGACAAACCCCAGAAAACAUUUCCUCUGGCUUUACUUGUGGCUGUGAUUUUCACCUGCAUAGCUUACCUGAUUCCCCUCUUUGCUGUUACUGGUGCUGUCACCGUUGACCAAAGUGAAUGGGAAGCAGGGUUCCAUGCUACUGCUGCAGAGAUGAUUGCAGGGAAAUGGCUUAAAAUUUGGAUUGAAGUCGGUGCUGUGUUAUCAUCAAUUGGUUUGUUUGAAGCACAGUUGAGCAGCAGUGCUUUUCAACUUGAGGGUAUGGCAGAUAUAGGCCUUUUGCCCAAGUUCUUUAGUCUCAGAUCCAAAUGGUUCAAUACUCCUUGGGUGGGGAUAUUGAUCUCAACUUUGAUCUCACUUGGUGUCUCAUACAUGACUUAUACAGAUAUCAUAUCAUCUGCAAAUCUCUUGUAUAGUUUUGGUAUGUUGUUGGAAUUUGCAUCAUUUAUAUGGCUGCGGAGGAAGCUGCCAGAAUUGAAAAGGCCUUACCGGGUUCCUCUGAGAAUUCCGGGGUUAGUGGCAGUGUGCUUGGUACCAUCUGCAUUCUUGGUAGUUAUCAUGGUCUUUGCUACUAAGAUGGUGUAUUUGGUGUGUGGCCUGAUGACUGUGGGAGCUGUUGGAUGGUACUUUUUGAUGAAGUUUUGCAGGCAAAAGAAGCUGUUCAAGUUCAACAGUGCUGAAAAUGAAGAAAGAUUUGACUGUGGGAGCUGUUGGAUGGUACUUUUUGAUAAAGUUUUGCAGGCAAAGAAGCUGUUCAAGUUCAACAGUGCUGAAAAUGAAGAAAGAUUUCAUCAAUGAGAGACUUCACUGAAGUUGUAAUGUGGGGGAAUAAUGGAACAUAUGAAUUGAACUUGCUCAGGACUAAAUUGCACAAUGCCUUAAUGUAAUGGUAUUAUGAGAAAGGGAAAUGUACCAAUUUGUUAAUUUAGAUGCCCUUUCUUCCUUCCUAAUUCCUAUUUGCAGAUAGUUUAGAUAUAGGGGUGAGAAGAAUCUUUUCUUUUGUAAUGUUUUUGGAAUAAAGUUAUAUACUUGUG